AUGCCUUCUAGUAGGUUAGCCAAGGUUACCAAAGGAGUGCAGUGGAACUCUUGGUCCAUUGGUGCUGCUACAGUACUGGCAGGCCUGACGGCGCAGACCUACUUUGCUCCUGGGCCUGUCCACAAGCCCACCCCUUCGAUCGAGUCGUGCCUGAACGACGUCUGUGCAGGAAGGUCAGAUUGCGUCCAGUUUCCUAGCCAAAAGAAUGCGGGAGAAGCUUCGUGGAUGGCCCCUUUCAAUCUCGGUCGCACAGUCACGCCCGCGGCGAUCGUCAGACCCAAAGACGCCCAAGAGGUUGCCAACGUUGUAAGAUGCGCAGCGAAGCAUGGAGUUAAAGUCCAGGCGACGGCAGGAAGUCACGGUUGGGGCAACUAUGGCCUUGGAGGCGAAGACGAUGCCGUAUCAGUAGAUAUGGAACACUUCCAAUAUACGCAAGAUUCCAGCUCAAACAACAUCAUAGUUGGUGGCGGUACGAGACUAGGCCAAAUCGAUAAGCACCUGGGCACUUCCCAGCGAGUGAUUCCUCAUGGAAUGUGCCCCGGCGUCGGCAUCGGAGGCCACGCUACCGUUGGCGGGAUUGGCCCAAUGACCCGUAUGUGGGGUACAACCCUGGAUCAUGUAGUUGAAGUCGAGGUUGUCACGGCAAACUCGACAGUUGUACGCGCGAGCUCCGAGGAGAACUCGGACUUGUUCUUCGCUGUGAGAGGAGCUGGUGCAGGAUUUGGUAUCGUCACCGAAUUCGUCAUGAGUACUCAUCCGGCGCCAUCAAAUAUUGUUCACCUCAGCCAAAGUCAUUCGUAUAGCCACCCAGCGGAGGCUGCCAAUGUCCUGCAUACCUGGAAAUCUGUUGCCACGGACCCUGCCCUCGACAACCGCUUCAGUACAGAAAUGAUCUUCAGUCCGUCGGGUGCUCGCAUUUCUUCUACCUGGGUCGGCUCAGAGGCAGAGCUUGAGCAGAGUGGUAUUCUCAGCCGCAUUCAAAUCGCUGAUGUCCCUAUCACAACUCGUCAAGAGACCUGGGAGAAUUCUCUUGCUCACCUCGCUGCCGAAGAAGCUCUCCAUACGGCUUCCAUCCCGAACAAGCUUUACUCGAAGAGUUUGGGCUUGAGCAGCAGUGACGUCCUUUCCAGGAUAGAGAUUGCCCGUAUUCUUGACAGUCUGCCAGCUGAGCUCAUGGAAGACAACUGGUCUAUCAAGUUCCAGGCUGCUGGUGGUGCUGUUGCAGAGGUUCCCGUUGGCAGCACAUCCUAUGCUCACAGAGACAAGGUCAUGUUCUAUCAAUCAUACGCCCCGGAUGCUUCGAAGACGAUCCGCACCAUUCUUGAAAAUUUUCACAGGAAGCUGAUGAACGCUCUUCCUGAGGCCACUGGUACCUACCCAGGGUUUGUGGACACGGAUCUUAGGGAUGCUCAGAAGUCAUAUUGGGGGUCCAGUCUUGCUGCUCUGGAAGAUAUCAAGACACACUGGGAUCCCAAGGAUAUUUUCCACAACCCCCAGAGCGUCUCUGCUCAUACUUGA